AGUUCUAUUUGUCUUGUUUGAAAUAUUGAAAUGUGUUAUUUACGUCAAUGAUCAACACAGACUGAAGGUAUGAAAACAAUGACAUUAAGUACUGGCCAGAUCAUUUGACGGAUGCCAGUAGUCAUUUUGCAUCACCGUGAAGUUGAAUUUCACCCCACACCAAAGCAGGAAGAGGAGUGUCCUUCCACCAAUGUGUUAAAGUGCCUUAUAAAAUUUGUAACAAGGGCUCCUCUUUGCGUGCGGUAUUUCCUGGUGUGUUGAUCCUCUGCUUGAGUGUGUCGGGCCUGGGCCUCCUACAACUCCUGCAGCCGUCGCCCCCCAGGAAACAGAAGCAGCAGCUGCUGUGGUGGCAGCGCCAGGCUACCAGCAUGGAUGGGGACGCAAGCACCGUGGAGCAGGCACUGGCACCGCUGAGGCAGGCGGUGCUGGAGCAGGGAGAACUUGUUUGGAAGUUGAAAGCAGAGAGUGCUCCACCGGUGGAUGUUGAUAAAGCAGUGGCAGAACUGAAGGCACGGAAAAGGAUCUUGGAAGCCAAGGAGCUGUAUCUGCAACCCAAGGAUGACAUUGUUGACCGGGUGAAAAUGGAGGACACAUUGAAGAGACGGUUCUUCUAUGAUCAGGCUUUUUCCAUCUGUGGAGGGGUGAGUGGUCUGUACGACUUUGGUCCUGUUGGCUAUGCCCUGAAGAACAACACCCUGCAGAUCUGGCGGCAACACUUCAUCCAGGAAGAGCAGAUCCUGGAGAUCGACUGCACCAUGCUGACUUCCAAACCGGUCAUCAAGACAUCUGGGCACGUGGACAAGUUUGCAGACUACAUGGUGAAGGACCUGAAGAAUGGGGAGUGCUUCCAUGCCGACCACCUGCUCAAAGCUCAUUUGCAGAAAUUGAUGUCUGAUAAGAAAUGCUCAGCUGAUAGGAAGGCAGAGAUGGAGGACGUCAUCACCCAGAUGGACUAUUACAGUCAGCAGGAGUUAGCGGAUCUGUUUGUGAACUACAACUUCAAGUCUCCAGUAACCAGGAACAACUUGUCUCCUCCGAUCUCCUUCAAUCUGAUGUUCCAGACAUCCAUUGGGCUAGGAGGCAACUUGCCAGGCUACCUCCAGCCUGAGACAGCUCAAGGGAUCUUCCUAAACUUCAAACGGUUGUUAGAAUUCACGGGGAAGCUCCCGUUUGCUGCCGCCCAGAUUGGAAAUUCAUUCCGGAAUGAGAUCUCCUUGCGAUCGGGUCUCAUCCGGGUUAGGGAGUUCACCACGGCAGAGAUCGAGCAGUUUGUGGAUCCCAGUGAGAAGAAUCACCCCAAGUUCUCCAGUGUGGCUGAUCUUGAGAUCAUGCUGUACUCUAGCCAAGCCCAGACCAGCAGGCAGUCAGCACGAAAGAUGCGACUCGGUGAUGCAGUGGAGCAGGGAAUCAUCAAUAACUCAGUGCUGGGGUACUUCAUCGGCAGGACUUACCUCCUCUUGCUCAAAGUGGGUGUGUUGGCUGACAAGCUGUGGUUCCGGCAGCACAUGGAGAACGAGAUGGCCCACUACGCCUGUGACUGCUGGGACGCUGAGUCCAAGACCAGCUAUGGCUGGAUUGAAAUAGUCGGCUGCGCAGAUCGGUCGUGCUAUGACCUGGCUUGUCACUCCAGAGUGACCAAGGUGCCUUUGGUCACAGAGAAGCCUCUGAAGGAGCCCAAGACUGUGAACAUUGUCCAGUUUGAACCCAACAAGAAUGCCAUUGGCAAGGAGUUCAAGAAGGAGGCCAAAAUAGUGAUGGAGUAUUUGAGUGUUUGCAACGAAUGUUACAUCAUUGAGAUGGAGAAGGAGCUGAAUGAGAAGGGGGAGUUCACUUUUGAGUCCGAAGGCAAAAGGUUUACCCUGAUGAAGAACAUGGUUGGAGUGAAGAAGUUUCAGAAGACUCUGCAUGUUGAGGAGAUCACUCCCAGUGUGAUAGAGCUGUUCUUUGGCAUCGGGAGGAUCAUGUACACAGUGUUCGAGCACACGUUCAACAUCAAGAGAACGUACUUCAGUUUCCCAGCGACUGUGGCUCCCUACAAAUGUUCUGUGCUCCCACUCAGUCAAAACCAGGAGUUUGAUCCGUUUGUGAAGGAUCUGGCUGAGGUGCUGACCUGACAUGGGGUCUCCCACAAGGUAAAUGACUCAUCAGGCUCCAUCGGGAGGCGCUAUGUCCAGAAGGACAAGAUCAGUGUGGCUUUCGGCAUAACCAUCAACUUCGACACGGUGAACAAGGUGCCAUACACAGCCACGCUGAGGGAGCAGGACUCGAUGCAGCAGAUCCGGGCAGAGAUUUCAGAACUGCCCCAAGUUAUCAGAGAUCUAACCAAUUACUUGACGACCUGGGCUGAUGUUGCGGCGAAGUACCCCUUAUUUGAGGGGCAAGAAACCAGCAAGAAAGAAAAUUAAACCUGCCCUGGCAGUGUCCCUCUCAAACCCAGCAUAGGUCGGGAGCCAGUGAGUAGCAUCGGUGACAUCAAUCAACAAGGACUGGGCAAUGGGUAUUAAAGAACCAGUGACUCUCAUCCAGCAAAUUUUGGCCCAUUCCUACAGCCACAGAACUAAACUGUGUUCUCGGCAAUAAAAUCUGAAAGGGAAAAAAAAAAUCGUAACAAGGGCUGCAAGUUCUGGAGCGUGGCAACUUUUUGCAAGCUUCUCUCUACAGAUCUGCUCUUUACUUCUAUAAUAAUUUUGGCGCAGCACGGUAGCAAAGUGGUUAGCACAAAGCUUUACAGUGUAGGCGACCCAGGUUCAAUUCCUGUCACUGUCUGGAAGGAGUUUGUACCAUGUGGGUUUCGCUGCAUGUUCCAGUUUAACUCCCACUGUCCAAAGACCUACUGGUUGAUAAGUUAAUUGAAUAUUGUAAGUUAUCCCAUGAUGAGGCUAGAAUUAAAUUCGGGGAAUUGCCAGGCGGUGAGGCUCGAAUAGCCGGAAGGGCCUAUUGCGUGCUCUAUCACAAUAAUAACAAUGAUAAUAAUAGUAAUCAUUCUAGUUUAGUGUGCUGAUAUGAUGAAAUAAUCUGUACGGAUGCCAUGCAAACAAAGUCUUUCACUGUGCCUUGAUAUAUUUGACAAUAAUAAACCAAUUUGCCUCAUUAACAAUGCAAACUAAUGAUAACAUUGUUUUAAAAUGUAGAUAUG